UAAUAAUAACAUGGGUUAUUAUUUUUGUUAGCAGGAGAACCCAAGGUCCAGAAGAUCUAAUAUACAGAAACCACAGCACAAUAAAGGAACCUCUUAGUUACUGGAAGGUCUGCCUAGAGUUAGGAAAACCCCCUAUCCUACAAGUACUGGGCAAAAAGUGCCAGAGAUGCUGGGAAUGGGCUGACUGCUUACGGAUGCAGGCAACCACUGCUCAAGAAGUAGUCCUCGACUUCGAGCAUCAGACUUCCUGAGCGGGCAUGUUAAAGCACAGACACUGGCUCCACAGCCAAAGCAUCUGAUUCAAUAGGUCGUGUGAGCCCCAAAAUGUGCAUCCCUAACAGCUUACCAAGUGAUGCUGGUCAGGGACCACAACUUGAGAACCACUGGACCUAGAGACAGACAUUCCCCCAGGUAACAACAGUAACCACAAUUUGCCAGCAAAGAAGGCCAACCGUUCAUUACCUAAGAUGAAUGACUAUGAUUUUCCUGGGUUUGGAUUAAGGAUAUUUCUAUCAUUCUAAGGAUUUCUUAUUUGAAGUGAAAUUUGUGUUGUUUUUUGUUUGUUUGUUUGUUUGUUUUCCUCCUUCUGGGAAAACCCAGCAGCUCCAUGGAAAGAGGAAACCAAACAAGAGUGGGAAACUUUCUCCUCCUGGGAUUCUCAGAGAAGCCGGACCUGCAGCCUGUCCUCUUUGGGCUGUUUCUGUCCAUGUACUUGGUCACAUUUACUGGAAACCUGCUCAUCAUUCUGGCCAUCAGCUCCGACUCCCACCUCCACACACCCAUGUACUUCUUCCUCUCCAACCUGUCCUUGGUCGACAUCUGUUUCACCUCCACCACCGUCCCAAAGAUGCUGGUGAACAUCCAGACACAGAGCAGAGCCAUCACCUAUGAAGGCUGCAUCACCCAGAUUUUUUUUUUCAUUGUGUUUGGGUGCUUGGACAAUUUACUCCUCACCAUCAUGGCCUAUGACCGCUUUGUGGCCAUCUGUCACCCCCUGCACUACGCCGUCAUCAUGAGCCCUCGGUUCUGUGGACUACUGGCUCUGGGGUCCUGGUGUAUCAGUGUCAUGGGCUCCCUGCUUGAAACCUUGACCGUCUUGAGACUGUCCUUCUGCACAAACAUUGAAAUCCCACACUUGUUUUGUGAUCUCCCUGAAGUCCUGAAACUCACCUGUUCUGACCCCCUCGUCAAUAACAUGGUGGUAUAUUUUGUGACUAUUGUCCUAGCUGUUUUCCCUCUCUCUGGAAUCCUCUUCUCUUAUGCUCAGAUUUUGUCCUCCAUCCUGAGGAUUUCCUCUGCUGGCGGCAAGUACAAAGCUUUCUCCACCUGUGGGUCUCACCUGUCAGUGGUCUCCUUGUUCUAUGGCACAGGCCUGGGGGUCUACCUCAGUUCUGCAGCCACUUCAUCCUCUAGGACAAGUUUGGUGGCCUCAGUGAUGUACACCAUGGUCACCCCCAUGCUGAACCCCUUCAUCUACAGUCUUCGGAACAGGGACAUGAAGAGGGCCCUGGGGGAACUCCUUAUCAGGGUGGUAACUGUCAGGAAUAAAGCAGUUACAGGACCCCCGGUGAGUAGCUGAGCACAUAAUACUGAGGACCAGAA